CAACCAUUCGAUGGGUUAGUGGGUUAGUGUUUUCCAUCACAAUUCGAGGGAGAAAUAGUUUUCCGUGCCGAGAUGCGUCAUGAACCCGUUAAGAAUUGCAGCAAAGAUUCCAUUGUUCUGGAAAAUCUAUUUGCCUACGCUGUUGUGUCUCAUAGUUUACAAUGAAUAUCUCAUUCAUUUUUUCCAUCGCCUUCAAUGGGCCCAGAUCGAGUGUAGAACUGAUAAGUGCUUGAAACUGCUGCUAGUUGCCGACCCACAGAUACUCGGAAAUACCUUCGACACUAAGCUGUACUGGCCGUUGGCAAAUUAUGACUCAGACAGACAUCUGGCCAAAACGUAUCGUCGUGCGGUCGAGCACACGGCACCGAACGUAAUAUGUUUCCUCGGGGAUCUGAUGGAUGAAGGCAGCGUGGCCACUGCCGUUCAAUAUGAUGAGUAUUAUGCGCGCUUCUCGAACAUUUUCACACAACCGAUUGCCGACACUCUCAUGAUAUACAUUCCCGGAGACAACGAUCUCGGUAGAGAGGGCUUGGAGCCUAUUACUGCAGAAACUGUGCAGCGAUUUCAGCAAUAUUUCAGUGAGCAAUCAACGUGGGAGCUUCCUGGGCAUGCCAAAUUUUUCAACAUUAACCGAGUUCGUAGGACUCAACCAGUAGCGGCGGACAUCAACUGGGAUCCAGGAUCGAUGAAUCUUUUUCUCAGUCACCUGAGUUUGCUCAAAUCGGCCGAUGACUUCAGCGAACAGGCUAUCAACCAAUUCCACCCGCAUGUGAUAUUCGCGGCCCAUGAACAUACGUCGAAGUAUGCUUCAAUCCACAGGACUCGACUUUUCGCUGAUGUAACUCACCUGCCACUGAACACUGAUCGAGCGAAUCGCCAUGAGGUACUGGAAUUCAACAUCAGCCAGAUGCACCAGAAUCAACAGUUACUGGAAAUUGUGAUACCAACCUGUUCCUACCGGAUGGCUAACGGUAAGAUAGGGUAUGGCUACGCCGUUCUAGAUGGGGACACCCUGAGAUAUACAGUGCUGUGGACAUCUCACCGUUACUUACAGCUGGCUACCUACUCGAUGAUGAUCAUCCCCCUGAAGCUUCUGUGCGGUCAACUGUGGUGCAAUCUUUUCAAACGCUAUUGGUGCUGCUGUCGCAAAAGAAACCAUAGCUAUGUGCCUCUGCAUUCAGUUAGUUGAUUCAACGAGUCUAGAAAAUCGUUAGUAUUUUAUUCACUCGACUAUUUUUUUAUUCCACUUCACAAAAUCUCUGUCUAAAUAAAAAAAAUUAAGUCAAAACUGUGCCAUUCCGAAUGACUCAAAGAAUUUCAGAAACGGAAACACGGCAUAACUUUUUUUCCCAUUGGGUAAAAAUGAACCAAAUUUUGCACACUUUCUCAUGGAUGUGUAUCGUUUACAUGCUGUCAAACUCGAAGUCGUGUUUUUCGAUUCAACGAAAAUGGAGGUGAACCAACGCGAGUCGAAAGAACAAAUUCUUUCCAAACACCUGGAAUUUCCUGACCUGUCGCACCGGCAGUUGGGAAAAAUGUUGAACAUUCACCAUUCAACUGUCUUCAGAGUGCUGUAGCGGUUCCAGGAACAGGUGACGUUGGACCACGGUAAAGGAGCUGCAAGAAACCCCGGACCUAGGAACAAAAAAACGGAGGGAUAGGUGAAGCGGAUGAUUAAAGCAAAUCCCAACGUCUCUGUAAUAUAUUACUA